UGUUCAGAGCUCCCCAUGCUACUUUUCCUCUCUCUCUCUCUAAAAUUAUCUUUGUUUAGAGCUCCCCAUAUUAUCUCUGUUCGAUAAAGUUUGGAAUUGUUGUGAUUAUAAUCGAUAAUUUUGAUUAAAGAAGAGAUAAGAUUGAACUAUGGCGCUCUUGGAUAAGCUUUGGGAUGACACUUUAGCCGGACCACAGCUGGAAAAUGGGCUUAGCAAGCUCAGGAAACCUGUUUCCCGGCCAUCUCUGACCAAAGUUGAUGAGUUCUCUGAUGAAGCCAAUAGAGUGACUCAAAGCAUAAUGAUCACGAAACCACCUCCGAAUAAUAACAACGCUUCAGAAAAUGGAACCUUGCCGUCUUCUCCGGCAAGAAUGACGCCUCUGGUUUCUCCUUUCGCUGGGGCCAGGAGGUUUCAGAGGAUAUUUUCGUUGGAUGAGUACGAGAGAAGCAGCAUUUUAGUAUGGGAAGCUUUGAACAGAUAAUUUUUAGAGAAAGAGAGGAAAAGUAGUGUGGGAUUAAAUUUUAAGGUGUCAUUUUAGUGUUUAUUUAGACAAAAAAUUUAUGAUCAGAGGGGUAUAGGGGGUUAUUGAAAAGAUGAAGAUUUUUUUUUUACUAAUAAUAUUUUCAAUUCUUGAGUCUCAUAAGAUAUAAAAGUUAAAAAUAAAGGAUAAGGAUAUUUUCCCUUUGGACUAAUGUUCGAUAGGGGAUAGCUGCCUCAUAAGGUCAUAAUGGGCUUCUUGCCCAACAAUAACAUUUGACAUAGGGCUUUCUGCCCCUUGGCUUGAUGCAUGUUCGACAGUUGCUAUGGGUCAUGUAGUUCAACCUCUGAUAGACUUCAGGAUGGGCUCCCUUUUGAUGGCAGCAAGUCCCUUGGUCAAGCUAAGUGGCUCUCACCACCAAUUUAACUGACGAUGAGUUAGGGUCAAGUGACUCAAGCUUGCUUCCUCGCGUUUUUUAUUUGUACAAUGCUUCAUUCUGAUUUGACAAAGGCUAUUUUUUUUACUAUGGAUGAUGGGUAGGUCGCGUUCGAUGGGUAGAAAUGGGUGCCAUCGGACCACUAGAUUGGGUUUUCGAGUUUAUGCUCUAGUUGUUUGGCUUUGGAAAAGCUCUAAUUUUUUUUAGCUUUGUGCCUAUUGCUUUACUCUCUUUUUAAGGCGGUAUAGGAGACAAUCACGAUUCUGAUCAUGAAGAAGCCCAUUGUCCUUAUUUUGCUUCGUUUUUUUAGGCUUAAUAUACCUGAGUUGAUGAUAUACCCUCUAUGGGUUGGUUCGUUUUUUUUUUUUGAAAUAUGGAUUUGGGGACGAGUUCCAAAUGCUUAAACACAUGCGUCUCAUUCAUAUUUAAGUUCUGUAAAGCAAGGAGUACCCUUUGACCAAUCACCCCGAAUAAAAAAAAUGAACUCAAAACAAUACCAUUGACUCCUUAAUGGACCCACCUCGUUGAUAUUUAGGAGGAUGAGUUUUAAUUGUGGCUCCUGCUUGAUAACUGGUGCUUUGUGUGACUCUCUGAUGCGGGUUUGCUUCAUAGUACUUUUAGAGACUUUGGGAGAGAGUUGAUCGAGAAAGAUAAGCUUCGCUCAAUCAUCUGUUGACUUAAGCCCUUCAUCUUUCAAUUUGAUGGUUAAUAAUAUAAAAAAACAUAUUUGAUUGGUUAGGAAUCCAUCCCAAUCUAAUUUGUAUUAUUUAGAAUUCAAAUUCAAAUAGCAAUAGUUUUAACAACAAUUCAUGUUUGAGAGGGAAAAUCACGUUCUAACUUCAAUUCUGUUCUUUGUGUGUUCCUUUGAUUCACAUAUGUCAUGAUCCUCAUCUCUUGAUGAUAUCCUCUUAUUACUUUAAUCUUAUCCCACGCUUUGCUGUUGGAAUAGAUAAGGUUGAAAUCCGCUAUAACUGGAAAAGGGGCAGGGGUCGUGGUGGUA